AUGGCCUCCAAAACUUUCACAAUGAAAUUCUUCUCACUACUAAUUUCUUCAUUUGCUAUUGUCCAUAUGGUAAAAGCCGGAGAUCUAGACAUUCUCUCUGAUUUCAUAGUCCCAGCUAAUGUCACCACAGUUGAUGGAAAUUUCUUCACAUUUACUGGCAUGCGUGUCCUAGUCAAGGCAGCCCCUCCCACUGCCUUCAAGGUCUUGAAAGCAAGCAUGGCAGAGUUUCCGGCUCUCAAUGGACAGAGUGUUUCCUUUGCUGUCCUCCAAUUCCCGGCUGGCACCCCUAACCAACCCCACACUCAUCCUCGUGCUUCUGAGCUCCUUUUCCUGGUUCAAGGUACCCUUCAAGUCGGGUUUGUUGAUACAACCAACAAGCUCUUUACUCAAGCACUACAAACGGGUGAUAUCUUUGUGUUUCCUGGGGGACUUGUGCACUUCCAGUAUAAUGCUGAUGCACAAGUACCGGCUCUAGCGAUUUCAGCUUUUGGGAGUGCAAAUGCUGGAACUGUUUCAAUUCCCAACACUUUGUUCACUACUGGCAUUGACAACAAUGUCUUGGCUAAAUCCUUCAAGACGGAUGUUGCCACUAUUCAAGCUCUAAAGGCUGGUCUUGCCCCCAAGCCUUGA